AUGGCAAAGCCAAGCUCUGUCUCUCUCUUUUUCCUUCUUCAUGUAGCUUUAGCAAUCUCGACUUGCGGCGGACGCAAAUCUUGGCACUCAAAGCAGCAAGCUGCCUUCUUCAUAUUUGGAGACUCUUACUUAGACUCUGGCAACAACAACUACAUCAACACCACAACUCUUGACCAGGCCAACUUCUGGCCUUAUGGAGAAACCUACUUUAAGUUCCCAACUGGAAGAUUCUCCGACGGACGUUUGAUGUCAGAUUUUAUUGCUGAGUAUGCUCACCUGCCAUUUGUUCCUCCCUUUCUUCAACCGGGCUUUCACCAAUAUUAUGAUGGGGUGAAUUUUGCAUCUUCUGGGGCUGGUGCUCUGGUUGAGACGUUUCAAGGGUCGGUCAUUGAUCUUAAAACACAACUGAAGUAUUAUAAGAAGGUAGAGAAGUGGUUCAGACACAAGUUAGGCGAUGUUGAAGCCAAAGUGACACUUUCAAGAGCCGUCUACUUGUUUAGCAUUGGAACCAACGAUUACAUCAGCCCUUUCCUAACCAAUUCCCCCCUAUUGAAGUCCUACUCUAAAUCACAAUAUAUUGGAAUGGUCAUUGGCAACUUGACAACCGUUAUCCAAGAAAUUUAUGCUGGUGGGGGUAGGAAAUUUGGGUUCAUCAACUUGCCGACCUUAGGUUGUCUUCCGGGCAUGAGAAUAAUCAAGCCAGAAAACAAUGGUAGCUGCUUAGAAGAAGUUUCAUCACUUGCCAAGUUACACAACGACGGUCUCUCCAAACUUCUGAUUCAGCUAGGAAACCAGUUGGAGGGUUUCAAGUAUUCACUCUACGACCUGAGCGGGAAUCUUAGGCAGAGAACCAGACAUCCCUCCGAAUAUGGUCUCAAGGAAGGAAAAGCAGCAUGCUGUGGGACAGGGCAGUAUAGAGGGGUGUUCAGCUGUGGAGGAAAAAGAAUAGUGAAGGAGUUUGAAUUGUGUGAGAAUCCAAAUGAACAUGUGUUCUGGGAUUCUCUCCAUCUCACUGAAAAGGUCUACGAGCAAUUGGCCUAUCAAAUGUGGAGUGGUCGGCCAUGGGAUUCCAAUGCCACGGGUCUAUACAGUCUCAAGGAUCUCUUCCUCCAAGGCUUCUAA